GUCGGCUAGAUGCUUGACAAGCUGGAUGUAUUUAUACAGUAAACGGAUUGGAGGUCAGGGAGAGAAAGGGAAAAGAGAUCACUUCAAAAUCAGCGAAACUGUGAAUCAAAGACUAUCAUAUAGAUAACGUCCUAAUAUUCAUAAAAUCACCGGUCUGCAGCAACCGGAGUCAACGAGCCUAAAAUGCCCCAGCUGGUGACCUCUGACAUGUAAAUGGCGUCCAAAGUGCGAGAUGCUGUGGUGUGGUACCAGAAGAAGAUUGGCGCUUAUGACCAACAGAUAUGGGAGAAGUCUGUUGAACAAAGAGAAAUCAAGGGCCUGAGGAACAAGCCGAAGAAGACAGGCCAUGUGAAAGCAGACCUCAUUGAUGUGGACCUGGUGAGAGGUUCUGCUUUUGCCAAGGCCAAGCCUGAGUCUCCCUGGACGUCUCUGACCAGGAAGGGUCUCGUCAGGGUGGUGUUGUUCCCCUUCUUCUUCAGAUGGUGGAUCCAGGUCACCUCCAGAGCCAUCUUCCUCCUCCUCCUCCUCCUCUACCUGCUACAAGUGGCUGCUGCAGCGUUAUUCUUCACCAUCGCCCAGCCCCACAGUAUCCCGACCACAGAGGUGUUUGGGGCGAUAUGGCUGAUGCUGUUACUGGGGACAGUGCACUGCCAGAUCGUCUCUACACGCACCCCCAAACCCACCAGCAGCAGCAGCUCUGGCAAGAGAAGAAGGCGUUUAAGGAAGGCCGCUCACUUGGAUGUACAUAGGGAAGGAGAUGGCUCUAGCACCACUGAUAACACCCGGGAGGGGGGCCCACACUGCCCCGGUGCCACCACCGGCUCACCUUACAGCCUGUGCAUCGCUCUCUUCAGAGAUUUCUGGCAUGAUAUCUGUAAAGCGCGGUCUAAGAAGUCCAAGCUGUCCAUAGACAAGUCCACAGAGACAGAUAAUGGCUAUGUGUCUCUGGAUGGGAGGAUAACCUGUAAGAGUAGUGAGGAGGGGCUACAGCUCCACGAUGGAGGAUCUCACCACUGUGACCUGCUGCUGAGGUCAGACGAGACGUGUUGGACCGCACCCCCGCCUCUCAACACGCUGCUGCUGCCCCCCGUCACCAAGGUAAACAACAAGGAGACCCAGAGCCGUGGUGUGGGUGUGGAGAACAUGUCUGAUGAGGCGUCUAGUGAGGAGGAUCCUGAAGCGUCCUACACCGCCAUCCGUAGGGGCGUAGAGCGCAUCAGCAGUGACUGCACGCUGCGCAACAGGAAACCACAUCACUACAAGAAACACUACACCAUCAACACUGAGGUGGGUGACCUCCACACCACCCAGGAGACUCCUAAGUCCGGUACCAGCUGUAGUUCUCGGUGCUCCAGCCUGCGGACCCAGGACUCAGAGAGCACCAGACACGAGUCAGAGACAGAGGACCUGCUGUGGGAGGACUUCCUGCACUGUGCUGAGUGUCGCUCCUCCUGCACCAGCGAGACAGAGGGAGAGGGAGCUGCAGCCUGCCCUGCUACCAAGAAGGAGUACAGAGAUGACCCCUUUCACCAGUUGUGUCCUCUACAGGGUCACACGUGGCUACACAGCAGCAACCCGGGUCUGGAGCGAGUCAGUGCCAUCGUCUGGGAGGGGAACGACUGUAAGAAGGCUGAUAUGUCUGUCCUGGAGAUCAGCGGUAUGAUCAUGAACAGGGUCAACCUGUUCACCCCAGGUAUUGGCUACCAGGUCUUUGGUAACCUGGUGUCAGUGACUCUGGGCCUGACGCCCUUCGCCUAUAGGCUGUCUCAGUACAAGGACCUGGAACAGCUGACACAGCUCUCAGCCAAUGAGCUCAUCUCUGUGGCGUUCGGCUCCUCCUCCGACGUCAUGGUGAUCACCAUGGUAACGCUCAGCUUCAUGGUGCGCAUCUGUCUCAUCUGGCUCUUCUUCUUCCUGCUCAGCGUGGCCGAGAGGACAUACAAACAGAGGCUGCUAUUCGCCAAGCUGUUUGGUCACCUGACGUCGGCACGGCGAGCCAGGAAGUCGGAGGUGCCUCACUUCCGUCUGAAGAAAGUCCAGAACAUUAAGAUGUGGCUCUCUCUGCGCUCGUAUCUCAAGAGAAGGGGUCCUCAGCGGUCGGUGGAUGUGAUCGUGUCCUCUGCCUUCCUCCUCACCCUCUCUGUAGUCUUCAUCUGCUGUGCUCAGGUCAGCUUGCUCCAUAUCCACCACACCUUCCUGGAGUGUCACUAUAACUGGGAGCUGGUGAUCUGGUGUUCCUCUCUGUCUCUCUUCCUGCUCCGCUUUGUUACCCUGGGCUCAGAGACCACCAAGAAAUACAGCAACACCUCCAUCUUACUGACAGAACAGAUUAAUCUGUACCUGAAGAUGGAGAAGAAACCAAACAAGAAGGAGGAUCUGACAUUAGUCAACAACGUACUGAAGCUGGCCACCAAACUAUUGAAGGAGUUGGAUGCUCCGUUCAGGCUGUAUGGUCUGACGAUGAACCCUCUGCUCUACAACAUCACCCAGGUGGUCAUCCUGUCUGCUGUGUCUGGGGUCAUCAGUGAUCUACUGGGCUUCAACCUGAAGCUCUGGAAGAUCAAAUCAUGACAGUAAACUGAUCAGGUCACUGCUGGCUCUGGAAGAUGUGAUACAUUCUCUCACCACAGAAGGGCGCUGUUGUCCUUUCGCUCACGGACUGACUGGGCUUCCCUGUAUCUAUGGUCUGACGGACAAACAGCCCCAUUCUCAGAGCUCAUAACGGAGUGCUUACAUUUCACUUGUGCAAUUCAAGAUAUAUUUAUUUUACCCUUUCAGUAUUUUUUUGUUGUUGUUUAAAAAGUUAUUUUAAGCUAUACAGGUUUUGUGUUCUCAGAGAGAUGGGAUCAAAACACAGCAAGAUGACAGUUCAGUUUAAAAGGUAAAAGAGUUCCAUCACUUCAGACUAGUAAGGACAAUGUGCAUUAUAAUGCAGCUGUUUAGUUUGACGACUGUAACACACAAACGCAGUCAUUUCACUGUGAGAACUGUAGUUGUUUCCGAUCAUAGACGGACUGUAAUAACGACGUGUUUUAAAGCCUACAUACACACAAACACGUUGUACUUUCUGGUAAACUAGGCUUUUUUUGUUGUUGCUUUUGACGACAACAACAGUACACCAAAGUUCAGAAUAGAUGAACAAUGUUUCUGUGUGUUUGGCGUUUCUAAUGAUAAGCUAAGUGACAGCUGUAGUGGAGAGAUAGAGGCAGGAUAAAACACAUCACUCAGAUGAUUGGUGAGAAAAUAGGGGACUGUACUGGCUAGAUGGGAGGUACUGUACUGACUAGAUGAGGUACAGUACUGGCUAGAUGGGAGGUACUGUACUGGCUAAAUGGGAGGUACUGUACUGGCUAGAUGGGAGGUACUGUACUGGCUAGAUGGGAGGUUCUGUACUGGCUAGAUGGGAGGUACUGUACUGGCUGGAUGGGAGGUACUGUACUGGCUGGAUGGGAGGUACUGUACUGGCUAGAUGGGAGGUACUGUACUGGCUAGAUGGGAGGUACUGUACUGGCUAGAUGGGAGGUACUGUACUGGCUGGAUGGGAGGUACUGUACUGGCUAGAUGGGGGGUACUGUACUGGCUAGAUGGGAGGUACAGUACUGGCUAGAUGGGAGGUACUGUACUGGCUAGAUGGGGGGUACUGUACUGGCUAGAUGGGAGGUACUGUACUGGCUAGAUGGGAGGUACAGUACUGGCUAGAUGGGAGGUACAGUACUGGCUAGAUGGGAGGUACUGUACUGGCUAGAUGGGAGGUACAGUACUGGCUAGAUGGGGGGUACUGUACUGGCUGGAUGGGAGGUACUGUACUGGCUAGAUGGGGGGUACUGUACUGGCUAGAUGGGAGGUACUGUACUGGCUAGAUGGGAGGUACUGUACUGGCUAGAUGGGAGGUACUGUACUGGCUGGAUGGGAGGUACUGUACUGGCUAGAUGGGGGGUACUGUACUGGCUAGAUGGGAGGUACAGUACUGGCUAGAUGGGAGGUACAGUACUGGCUAGAUGGGAGGUACAGUACUGGCUAGAUGGGAGGUACUGUACUGGCUAGAUGGGAGGUACUGUACUGGCUAGAUGGGAGGUACUGUACUGGCUAGAUGGGAGGUACAGUACUGUACUGGGUGGUUUGGAAUAUGUAAACCUAGCCAACAUAUCUGGGUUAGUAUUCUGUAUGUCAAACUGAGACAUCCAGGCCCGCUAGCCAAAACUAAACGGUGUGUGACUGAGCAUUGUUAACUACGUUACUCGUAUAAUGAUCAUUUGGAGGGGUGCUUAUGUUUGUCCUGGUACACACUCUGUCUGUAACGGAAAUGUGUUUCUUACAUACUGAAACCCUGAGGGAAUGGGCUCUUUUAUGGUGAUACCAUUCAGUAUUGGCUUCUGUACUCCCAAGCCUAUUUUCUAAAGCAGACACAGUGAUGUGUGCAGUCUGGUUGAAUAUUGCUACUCAGGCUUGUGAGCCAUCAUCACAACCCAGUCAAAAUGUUGCUUUGUCUCGCCCUCCUUCCCUUUCUACUAGUUUACGUUGCAUGGUUUUCUCACAGCACAUUCUGAGUUAUUUCAAUGGUUAGACUGUAUUUCAAGCAAUAACUCGUAGCUCAACACAGACUGAACAUGUUUGUAUUAUAUUUAGAACAAAGAGGUCCCAGGUCUUAGUUGCUGUACACACAGUCGAUGGUUCGCCGCUACCGUUUGGACUGCCUGACAAUGUGCACUUCACAGUAGUGUAUAAAAACCAUGUUACAUGUUUCUGUCACACAAACCGUUGUAGUUGUUGUUGUUUUUGUACUUUUUGCCGUGACACAGUCUGUGUGAAGAUGACCAACGUGCUUUUUAUUUGCUGGAUAAAACUGUAUUAUUAUUAACACUCUUUAAAAAAAACUAAAUAACUGUUUCGGUUUCACAUUAUUGGAAAUGCUUUAAGAAAACAUGGUGUCGCCUCUUUCUCUCUUUGGCAUUUGUUUCUUUAUUGUUGUUGUGAAGAUGGUCACUCAUGUUUUGUGGUUGCGAGAGAAAAGACACAAUUUGCAGUCACUUGAGUCUGAAAAAUGUAUUUAGAAAAUGACUCUGAACCUGUCUGAAAUGCCAUCCUGAUCCCUAGUGCACCAGAGCCCUGGUCAAAAGGAGUGCACUACGUAGGGAAUAGGGUGCCAGCCCUGGUCAAAAGGAGUGCACUACAUAGGGAAUAGGGUGCCAGCCCUGGUCAAAAGGAGUGCACUACGUAGGGAAUAGGGUGACAUUUCAGACGCACCUUUGUUGUUUGCGUUGUGAUUCCGUUUUCAAAGGAAGUCUGCAUAUUUAUGUUGAAGAAGAAAAUAUACUUUUUGUGGGCUGGUGUGUUUCAUCAGUUCUAGGUGUUUAUAAGGAAAAUAAAAAUGGACUUUGUUGUGUCA